GAAUCGCGGUGACGCACAGUCCAAAUCAGCUCGGAAGAGUCGGAACCAAGAUGCAGCCCGCUGGCCUGCUUUGUAUGCUCGGCUCUGCUGGGAUCAUCGUCGCCGCCGUAGGCACAGUGCGCCUCAUCACGCAUGCCUGGCACGAGGCUGCCCCGCGAAGGGUCGUAUUUCUUCUUUUAUCCAGGGCUACUCGUAAUCUGCAGCGUUCCGGCCUGAGGAGGAGAUCCGGCGGCUUCUGAGGGGCUACGCCUCGUUUUCCUUUACUUCAUCCCAUAUAACCGAGCGGGGUGGAUCGAGACUCCCCUUCCCUUGCCGGCACUGUCUCUUUUCCCCCACAUUUUGUGGCCUUUUAUCCUCUGCCCACCACCGUUCACGCUGCCUUCGCCUAUACUCCAGCGAUGCCCGUAGCUACGACAGACGUGGACAAGCACCUUGAGACAUUAGGUCUCAAGUCCGAAGAUCUCAAUGAAGACGCCGUCAGGGGCGCGUACAAGAAGCUUGCUCUCCUGUGGCAUCCUGAUCGCCACAAUGCAGAUCCAGAGGAGGCCAACCAGAAGUUCAUCGAGGUGAACGAGGCAUACAAAGCGCUGGCUGAGGUGUGCAGGAAACGGAACAAGCACAAGAAACCCAGCAAGAAGGCCAGCAAGGACGCUAGCAAGGACACCGAAUCUACGUCGCGCAGGCCAUUCUGGGCGAGUUCCGCGCCGACCGCGUCCUCGUCCACAUCGAAGGCCUCCCGCGGGACCGAAGCGACUGCGAAGGAAACAGACUUGCACCAUAAGCACAAACAUGAAGCUUCGCACGCAAAGUCUGAUAGCAAGCCCGCUCGAUCUAGCACUCGCGGAGCCGACACCGCACCCAAGGCCGCGCGUGCCCACCCGAAGCCAUCGCAUCGACACCAUCGAGAUUCGGAUUCAGACUCGUCCUCUGAAGCGGGGUCUACUCACGCAUCUACGCAUGGGCGCGCCCACGUUCAUUUCAAGCACGACCGUGCGAAGGACAAGGAGAAGAAGGCCGCGCUGGGGGAGGACGAUUACGAGUUUAUCGACCUCGGGACGCCGCUGAAACCGCUGCGCUCGCCACGCGCCUUCUCAGCGACGACGAAAGACUGGAUAUUUCCACUCCAUCUCGCGCUGGAGGACCUCUACUUCGGCGCGGUGCAUCGCUACCGCAUCACGCGCACGCUCAACGCCGAGCAGCCCCCUCCGUCCACAAAGUCCCCAGUCGCACCACCCUCCGAGACGAGUGCGCGGCGGCAGACGGUGCAGAUCGACGUGCACGUCUCUCCAGGGUGGACGACGGGUACGCGCAUCCGCGUCCCGCGCGUCGGGAACCAGCGCGCGGACGGCACUUUCCAGGACAUCGUGUUCGUCGUCGCAGAAGCCCCGCACGCGCGCUUCGUGCGCAAGGGCGACGACCUCGUUCUUCCCGUACGCGUCCCAUGGGUCGACGCGCACUCGCACGCGACGUAUCCUCCAGGAGGCCUGCAUGGGGAUGCGGAGAGCGACCUCGGGCACGGCGGUGGGAACGGCGGAGGUGGGGGCCGCUACCGGCUGGGACGGGCGGCGUUCAGCCAGAUUCGUCAUGGACUCGGGCACGCGCCCGGGCAUGGGAUGGAGUACAUGCACCCGCCGGAGGAGGAAGACGAGGUGUACGUGCGGGGGAUCAACGGGGAGGAGUACACGAUCCCGAUCCCGCGCACGCUCGUCGAGGCGGCGGAUGGGACGCGGAUAUACGGCGCGGGGAUGCCUGUGCGCAGGAAUGGGUGUGUGGUCGGGAUGGGGGACAUGGUCAUUCGGUGGGAAUUCAUCUUCCCGGACUCCGAGAAGCUCCAGCGGUCACGAUGGCAGACCCUGAAGGACGCGAUGCACAUCAAGCUCCCGGUGUAGACGCAGGUACCCUCGAGGCAGCGCGCAUGACCCCCCUCUUAGGCGAAGUGCUCGAUUCGGACGGUCUUAUGCGGUGCGACCGAGUUC